AUGCUGAACGGAAACAGUACAGGAACUGAUAAUGUUCAACCAUCCAAUAACUCGAUUGGCAAAAAGGGAGACAAAACCACUAGUAGAACGAAGCGAGUUGAUCUUACAGAAAAAACUGAAAGUGAUCAAUCAGUACUGAAAGGUAAAGAGAACAAAAUGACCGAGGUGAUAAUAGCUGAUAAUGCUCGGUUCAAGCCAUUAAUCAAGGCUGUAUGGGAGCAGAAUUGGAUACUUUUACUAGAUUUGGUAGAUAGAACUCCUGGGGCGUUGACUGAAACUGUUUCGGAAAUUGGGGAUACAAUUUUUCACAUAAUUAAUAAAUCAGGUGCUCCCACUUCGAUUAUAAAGAAGCUUGCAUUCAAGAUCGAAGGAGAAGAACUUCAAAACUUGAGAGGAGUGUUUGGCCUAUCUGUUAUAUCCCACGCUGCUAUUUAUGGCAAUGAAAACGCUGCAAGAGUUUAUGUCCUCAGGUACCCAGAAUUUCCAAAUGUAAGGAACGAAAAGGAUUAUCUUCCAAUUCAUGAUGCAGUAGACUAUGGCCAAGAGAGAGUAAUUCAGUAUCUUCUGUCAAAAACAAAGGUCCCUUUGGAUGACGAUAAAGGUGUUAAACUGAUUAAAGAUCUGAUCAGUUCCGGUCACUAUGGUAAGUGCAAAAGUAUAGCGUUAGAAUUAUGGGAGCGACAUCCAAAGUUAGCUCUUGAAAAGAAUUCAGACAGAAAAAGUAUAUUACAAAUAUUGGCUGGUAAACCUCUAGCUUUUAAAAGUGCGGGUAGGAAUCGCCUUGGGUUUUGGAGAGGCUUGAUCUAUGAUUGGAUUCCUCUGCAAGAGGAAUAUGUUCCUCACAAUGAAAGUAAUACUGGGGACAUAGAAAACGCGGUAAAGUGUUCAGAUGAGUUUAAAGAAUCCAAAUAUUUUGGACCUGUUCGUCAAAUAAUCUAUGCUUCAUUUGGUGCUUUGCGCCAAAUGAUAUGGCAUGUCCUCAUGCUGCUAGUCCCAGACAUCAAAGAACAUUCGCGAUAUAAAGUUGACACAUACACAAACCCUUACAAUUGUUAGAAUCUUGUGUCACAAUGACAUUACGUGGAAUGGUAAAGAAGCCGUUGCAACUUUCUCAUCGCCAUUUGUUAAAGCUACAAAACUUGGGAUUUGCGAGAUUGUCAAUGAAAUUCUGAAUGCAUAUUUCUAUACCUACUGCUACAAAGAUAAUGAUUACGGUGUACUGCAUAUGGCAAUUUCACAUCACCAAGAAAAGAUUUUUAAAAUUAUAAAAGAAACGAAAUUUUUUAAAUUAUCAACCUGGACAGCGGUCAACAAAGGUGGAAAAACGGACAACCUCUUGCAUUUAGCUGGAAAGUUGGCAUAUUCAAGUCAAGUCUCCGGUGCAGCAUUGCAAAUGCAGAGAGAGA